AUGUCUCCAUUCGUGUCUCCGCAGCUGCAGCAGCAAUCCCCAGAGCUUUCAUCCACCUCAAGUCUCUCAGGGGGGCCUCAAAGAGCUUCACAAGAGAACGAGACAGGGCCCCCUUCUCCGACCCCACCUUCUUUAAUUGGGCCCCCAGCGCUAGCCCUCCCGCUAACACCGCCAACAUCGCCUGCUGCACGCACCCAAGACAAUGAGAAUCUUCAGCAGCAGCAGCAACAACAACAGCAGCAGCAGAAGCAGCAGCAGGAGGAACAGGGGUGCCAGCUGCCCCAAGGGGCAGCAGCCACCUUACUGCCACGCAUAAUCCACGAACUGCAGCAACCAAACCCUAGGCAGUGUGAACAGGUGCAGCAGCAGCAACAACAGCAGCGGCAAACAUUUUUGGUAUCGCUGCAACAGAACCAGCAGCAGCAGAAGGGACUCCAGCAAGAAAGCGAGUGCCAGGAGCGUCAGCAGCGGCAGCGGGACGAAACUAUCUCCCAGCAGCAGCAGCAACAACAAAAGCAGAACGGAAGCAACUCUCAACAGCAGCAGCAAGACAGAACGGACUCUCCUCAUCAUCACCAUCGUCAGCAGCAGCACCAGCAGGAGGACGGAACAGACUUGCAGCAGCAGGAGUGGGGCAGACAGCAGCAGCAAAUUCAAGAGGGCCACAGCCCGAAAGAAGCUCUUCACCACCCGCAGCUGCACCAAGGGAACGGGCAGCUUGCACUGCCACCCCUUCGCAAGGAGCAGCAGCAGACGUCGUCAGAGCAGCAGCAAGAGACGCAGCAGCUGCAUCAGCAGCACCGGCCAACAGAGCAGUCCCAGACGGAGGAGCACGCAACAGAGCGAAAGGAGCCGCUUCAGCCAGAUGCAGAUCUUCAACAAAACCAUCUGAGCGAGAAGGGACAGGAGGAGGAGACACCAGCUCCACUCAGCCAUUUCCGGCAGCAGCGGCAGCAGCAGCAACGUCCGCAGCAACACCAGCUGCAUCAGCGUGAGCUGCAGCCACAGCAUCUGCCGCAGCAGCAGCAGCAGCAACGGCAGCAGCAACGGCAGCAGGACCCAGAUAAGCAGGGACACGAGGGCAGGAAUAUGCCUGUUGAAAGGCCAGGAGCUGCUGAGGAGACUCAGGAGACAGCACCUCGUUGGGGGUCUCCUUUGUCUCACUCCACCCUCAGCCGCGAGAUAUCUCUUUCUGAAUCAGACUUCAGCGAAUCGGAGACAACAGGAUCCCCGAUCCCACACCCAGAAGAGCUGCUGCAGCAGCAGCCUAGAGACACUCCCGCAGGAGGUCUCACUAGCACCACUGCAGUAACAGCAACAGCAACAGCAACAGUAACAGCAACAGCAAAAGCAGCGACAGCAACAGAAAAAGCAACAACAACAGACUCCACCCAAAGGUCUUCGGCCUCUGCAACCCAGGCUCCUCUUACCUCAAGCGCCUCCCGCCCGCAGCAGCUACUGCUUCAGCAGCAGCAGCAGCAGAUUCACCAGCAGCAGCAGCAGCAGAUUCACCAACAGCAGAAUCCGAUUCACCGCCAGCAGCAGCAGAUUCAGCAACAGCAACGGGUUCAACUGCAGCAACAGCAGAUUCAGCAGCAGCAUAUUCAACAGCAGCAGCAGCGGGUUCAGCUGCAGCAACAGCAGAUUCAGCAGCAGCAGAUUCAGCAGCAGCAGACGGUUCAACUGCAGCAGCAGCAGAUUCAGCAGCAGCAGAUUCAGCAGCAGCAGAUUCAGCAGCAAGAGCGGAUUCAACUGCAGCAGCAACAACAACAGCAGCUGGUGCUGCAGCACCAGCAGCAGCAGCUGAGGGACUGCAUCUCUCUGACUGUGCCCUUGGCACGGAUGGUAGAGCCUAGAGGGCCCGCUGAGCCAUCUCAUCUCCAGGGUGUUCUUUGGCGGCAGCAGCAGCAGCAACAGCCAAAGCAACAACAGCAACAACCGCAGCAGCUGCAGAUCUUGGAGAGCGCAGCAGGCCGGGCGUUACACCGUGCUCUGGGUGCCCUCCCGUUUCGUGACGCACCAGGAACAGCAGCAGUAGCAGCUGCUGCUGCUACUGCUGCUGCUGCAGCGGGAGCAAGGGUACCUUCCCCCUUAUCGCCGGCUGCUGCCCUGCGGUCCGCAGCAGCAGGGCAGCAGGAGGCAUCUGGUUUAGAGUGGCAGCAGCCUCCAAACGCCAACAGAAGCCCGUGGGGUGAGGUGAUGCGUUCUGCACCGGGGGAGGUGGGGAGGCCUGCAGCGCCCUUGAGAGACCUCUCAGCAGCAGCAGCAAGGCAAACAACAACAGCACAAGCUGCCGUCUCAAGACCUGCUGCUAUACGGCCCUCAGCAGCUGGAGGAGUGCGGGCUGCUGCACCAUCAGCAGACGCACACAAUAUUCCAACAGAUCUUAUACACACCGCUGUGGCUGCAGCAAAGUACAGGUCCCUGCUGCCAGCAGCGGCAGCAGCAGCAACAACAACAACAACAACAGCAACAGCAACGCGCCCAACAUCUCCUGCAGGUUCUCGGCCAAAGAAAGUCCUAGCAAGGCCAAUAGCAACAGCAGCACCAGCAACAACAGCCACAGCAGCAACAGCAACAGCAGCAACAGCAGCAGCAGCAACAGCAGCAGCAGCCGCACCACCAGAGAACGUAGCUACUUCGGCAGCAGCUCUCAAGGCAGUAACGAGGACUUUAGCAGCAGUGGCUACAGCGAAGGCAGCAGCAAGAACAGUAGCAAAUGCAGCAGCCAGUGAGACGUGGUGGAGAGCUGACGCUCCAGUUACUCCUCCUGGGGAAACAGACAAAAAGACCGCUGGCGCUGCAGCAGGGAGCGCAAAUACCUUUAAAAAGAAGCCCAGCGGCGUUGCAGCCGUAAGGAGUGCUGCUGCUACGUCUUCUGAAUCUCAAGCUGCUGGAGCUGGUGCUGCUGCUGCUGCUGCUGAGUUGUUGCUGCGGAAGACGCAGAGGCGAACGGGGCCGGCAGGACAAAGCGCAAUGCCCCCAGAGAAAAAGAGGAAGCCGCAGCAACUGCAGCAGCAAAUGCAGCAGCAAAUGCAGCAGCAAAUGCAGCAGCCGCCUCAGCAGCAACUACAGCAGCAACUGCAGCAGCAACUGCAGCAGCCGCCUCAGCAGCAGCUGCAACCACACCUGCAGCACUUGCAGAAACAAGCCCAGAAGGCGGCUAGCCUGUCUGGGAUCGGCAGGCCAUCGAUCCCAAAACUCAAUCUCCGCAAAAAGACAGCGUCAAUCACUGCUCUGAGCUCAUCUAGGAGCAGCAGAAGCAGCGGCUAUACUUGCAGCUGCAGCAGCAGCAGCAACGAAACGGAACUUUCUCGCAGCCACAGCAGCAACAGUAGUCGCAGCAGCAGCAGCCGCAGGAACAGCAAAAGCAGCAGCAGCCGAAGCAGCAGCAGCAGCCGAAGCAGCAGCAGCCGAAGCAGGAACAGUCGCAGCAGGAGCAGUCGCAGCAGCGGAGCAAGCAGCAGCAGCAGCACAAGCAGCAGCAGCAAUAGCAGCAGCGUGAAGCGAAGAACAACGUCGUUCCCAGUAAAGCUAUGUGGCAAACGCAGCGGUGCAGGGACUAUCUCUUCCCUGCGCCGAAGAGUGUUCGGUAAGCUGCUGAAGAGACGUGCUUUGGCUGUCUCUUCGGCUGCGGCUCAGAAGGCACCCACCAGCAGCAAGAAGACUGCUGUCUCCGGUCCUGCUGCUGCGGCGUUUGCGGGCAGUAAAAGUACGGGCUGCAGCACCAACGGAGCAGCAACUGCUGCUGCAGCAAGCACCAUCCCCCCCAGGGCAAGGGACCUUAAAGGGACACAAGAGGGACGCCUAGCACUCAGAAAAGAGAAGCAGCCCCACAGUGCCCUGGGCUCUGUUUUAGGGGGGGUUGAAGGCGCUGCUGUUCUUGCAGCAAGAAAACCCGUGCCGCUGCUGCAGCGAGUAGUUAGCGGAGGCCCUGCAGAUCUCCGGGGGGCCUCUGCCAAAAACGGCCAGCAAACUACCAGCAGCAGCAGCAGCAGCAGCAGCAGCAGCAGCAGCAAGGCCCGUAGUUUGUGCGGUGUGGCAGCACGGGGCGCUCCCCCUACAGCAGCAGUUCCGGCUGCGACUGUCUCUGCGCCGGAGCCAAGGCCUCUGCUGCGAGGGAGCGCCAGGGCAAAGCCCAAGCCUCUGAGCCUGUUCAGUGUUUGUUCAGCGCAGCAGCAGCCUACGUAUCCAGCAUUAUCUGGUAGUGCUGCAGCAAAUAUGCAAAGGGGGGAAUCGAACCCGCGCGACGGCCAAGUGGAGACAACCGCAGAGGCUGAGACCCGCCCCAACGUGUCUCCGCAGCGAAUGCAGGGAACAGCAACGCAUGCAGCGCAGAGAGGAGGUACCGCAGGCUCAGCAGCCAGUGGGGCCGUCUUAGAGACUUCUGUUGCUGCUGCUGCCUCAAGACAGACUGCACACACACAUGAUGAACACGGAGGGCUUACUCGGUCCUCUGAGGAACCCUUUGGGGCUUUGGAUGGCCAGCGCAUGCAGCAAGGACGCCCUCAGAGAGCAUUGCCUACUGUACAACUUCCCGCAGCAACAAAAGGAGGCAGACAACCAGACAGCAGCACCUGCACUUGCCUUCUCUCUACCUCGCCACGUGUUGAUGAGGCACCGCCGGAGGGCAGGGCCCUACUGCAGCAUCAGCAGCAGCAAUCAGAGCUCGUGCAGCAGCGAGCAAAAGGUCCUGAGGCUGCUCCGACGCAGCAGACUGAGCAGCACCAUUUGGGCGUGCAACAACAGCAACAGCUACUACACCAACAGCCACAGCAGCAACCGCUGCUGCUGCAGCUACCACACCAGCCCCCCUACCAGUCUCAUCGGCUCCUACAACAGCAGAAAUGCUUUAUGCCUUCCCAGCAGCAGCAGCCUAGCCAGUGGCUGCAGGAACAGCAGAUCCAGCUGCAGCCCCAGCAAAGGCCGCAGCAAACCCCGUUGCCGGAGCAGCAGGAGAGACGCGAACAGCAGGAGUACCAUCCACAGGCUCUGCAGGACAGCGUGCAGCAGCUUCCUAGGCAGCAUCUGCCGCUGCUGCAGCAACAGCAUCUGCCGCUGCAGCAGCAAGGGCAUCAAGGCGACUGUUUGCAUCCAGGCUCUUGCUUCCUGGAGCUGUCAGCCCGAUUUGCAGCUUCUUCUGUGUCCCCAGUGUCUCCACUGUCUGCGGUGUCUCCAGUGUCUCCGGAUCCUUCCGUCUGGGCAGGGUCUCCAGCUGGAGGCAGGUGGUCUAGUGCGUGUGCAGGUGUCUUUGCAGCAGCACAAAGAGAAGACAGGCAAAUACGGUCCUCCCCCUGUAGCUCCUGUGUCUCUCCUGUCUCCCCAGGGCCUCCUGCAGUGAGACCCGCUUGGCUGCAGCAGCAGCAAAGGUCUCCAAAUGCUGCACAUUUGGGCCCUCAAGCAGCGGGACAGGUAAACUUGGCUCCAGCCAGGGGCAGCGCAGCUACUGCAACGCAGCGCCUGGCAGCAGAGACGACUGCAGCAAGAGAAGCAGCACAAGAGGCUGGAGCCUCAAUGCUGAGGACAAACCUGCAUUCAAGGGAAAGGCUUUUUAGCUUACAUAGCGCACGAGCCACACCCGAGCCGGUGCAGCAGCAGCAGCAACUGCAGCAGCAACAACAACAACUGCACCAACGGCGGCAGCAGCUGCAGCAUUUGCAGCAGCAGCAGCAGCAGCAGCUAGCAAGGCAGCGCCAGUUUCGGAGAGUGCAGCACCUCUCUUCCCUUCACUGUCGCCUGCAGGAACUCCUAAGCCAUGCUGCAGUCGUGCUGGAGAACCUGAGGGACGCCUGCAGCUGCAGUCUUGAAGCUCUAACCGCACUGGAAGAAGCCUCAUGUUCCUGCGCCGUAGCCAGUGAGGCGCCACCCAAAGGAGAUGAAGCAGCAGCAGCAGCAGCAGGGGACGGGGUAUGCAACGGCUGCAGUUUACACUGGGGACUGCAGCAGCGGGACAGCGGAGCCGACUACAGCACAUGCGCGAGAAGCGCCAGCCCCGUAGGCUUACCACAAACUGCGCAUGCAUGCGCUGAUGCAAGCAACACUCUGCAGCAGCAGCAAGAGCAGCAACAACAGCAACAGCAGCAACACUCCCACCGCCACUACCAACAACAACAGGCCCUGCCUUGUCAGCCAAUGAUGCACCAUCACCUUGUUGAGGGGCAGCUGGGAGACAGGCCAAAUGCCCCUAAGCAGCAUCAAGCAUUCUUGCAGCAGCAGCUGCUGCCCUUGUUGCAGAGAGAGGGCCAGCUAGGAACGCCGCCUGCGGUGCAGCAAAUGCAAGUGGAGCAGCAAGCGCUGCUGCAGCAGCACCUCCAGCAUGCUACGCAGCAACAACAGCAGCAGCGGAAGCAGCAACACGAGGUACUGCAGGCCGUAGAUAAGUCUGCGCCCCAGCAGCAACAGCUUCUGACACAGCAGACUCCGCAGGAAGGCCCCACGCAGCUUCCUGCUGCGCAGCAGCAGUACCUUGGGAGGGAGCAGAGCCUCUUGCGGCGACAGGAGAUGCCUGUGCAGCAGCGGCAGGCGCAGCAGGGGAAGUUGCAGGAGCGCCUGCUGCAGCUGCAGCAGCUCAAGCAACAGCCCAUGCACCGGCCAACUCCAAGCCAACAGCACUUUGGGGACCCCAAAGUGCUGCAGCAGCUAGUUGCGCAGUGCCCACUGGAGGUGCAGCACCAAUUUACACCUGAAGAGCUGCAGCAGCAGCAGCAGCAGGGUACGCAGCAGCACAGGGCUGGGGCACAGCCAGUGUUGCGUGCCCCCCUGCAGUACACCACCGAGCAGCCGUGGCCGCAGCAGCAGCCACUGCAGCAACCACUGCAGCAGCUGCUGCAGCGGGACCCGAGCCCACACCAGCAAAUGAAGUUGCUGCAGCUGCGAAGAGACUUUCAGCUUGCCGAGGCGAUGCACCAAAAGACGCAACUGCAGCAGCAGCAAACAAUGCUACCCCUGCAGCAGCAGCUGCUGCAGCCCGUUCUUACUUGCAGCGUUCCGCAGCCUUCACAGGGCCAACCGCAGCCCUGGUCGUUUGCGCAGCAGCAGGCGCAGCAGCAGGCGCAGCAGCAGGCGCAGCAGCAGGCGCAGCAGCAGGUGCAGCAACAGGUGCAGCAACAGAUGCAGCAGCAUGUGCAACAGCAGAUGCUGCAGGAGGUGCAGCAGGAGGUGCCGCAGCGGGUACAUGCACCUGCACAAGCCAAGGGCAACCUUAUCGUGCAGCCUGCGGGGUUCCUUCGGGGACAGGGAGGCCGAGGUGCUGCUGCUCGUUGUCCUCAUUUGCUGCUACACCCUGGGGAGGAUGAAGGAACUGGAAAGAGAAGUGCUGCAAGCAGCCCGCGUAUUGCUGCUGCUGCUGCAGACUCGCUCUGCAGGCCAAACACUCCACGGACAACAGCGGGGAGCAGCUGCAGCAGCCACAACAGCAGCAGCAGUAGCAGCAGCGGAAGCAGGACCGUCGAUGAGGCCGUCUCUGUCCCCUUGAAGGUGAGCAGUCCCGCUGCAGAGAGACAUGCUGCUGCAAUUAGCAGCGCCCCAUCUGUGCGGUUAUGUGGCCUUCCCUCGCAGCCAUGUGGAGAGGAGACACCUGGCAGCAGGAGACAGUGCAGUCUCGAUGGCAAGUAUCGUCUGCCGCUGAAGCCCAGGUGGUGGUAUACCCCGUUGGGUCUUUCGUCAGCGGAGAGCUCCACGCAGUGA